CCAACUCAUCCAUAAGUUUAGGAUUGCAAAACAUUCUUUGUAAAACCAUGAAUUCAUCUGGACGAGGGUUGAAAUCAAUGCAGAUAUACGCUUAAUAUGCCUGCCAAUAGUCGUGUAUGCGACCGAUGCAUCAAGAAAAAAGUCAAGUUUCUAGGUGACCUACGACGUCCUCAUUGCUCUCGUUGUUUAGAAUCUGGCUAUUCAUGUACGUAUUCGACAAGAAAGCGAAAGCCGGGUCCUCCGCGAGGGUUUCGGCCGAGGACUCGCAAUAAUUCAGCAUCGAAUCCGGCGGUCAUCAAUCCACUAAAUCACCAGGCAAAUGACGAUGAAUCGACACCCGUCGCUUAUUUACAGCGGUAUAAUCAACCUGUACCCCCAAUAUUCAACGAUAAUGUUUCAGUACAUUUCGCACCAUGCAUUGAUCAUGUCGGUCCGAGCUUCUUACCGUAUGUGUCUAUGACUGUACCUGCAUUAGGCUUGCCUAGUUUCCCAGGCUAUUACUUAGACUCUUCGCAGGAAAAAGACAUUCUACUGCGGUUUUUCGACGAUGUACAUCCCGCUGUCCCACUGUUUCAGAAAAGCAGAUUUCUUAAGUCGUACGAUGAAGGCGCAGCUUGUUAUGAUCUAGUCGUAAUAAUUAACGCGAUCACGACUAAACUAUUAGGACCAGUUGAGUUUUGGCGCUCUGAGGAUGUGGACUCGUGUAUAAACUCACUACUUGGGAGGACGGCUUACGAAAACGAUUCGUUAAGCUCUCAGACUGGUCUGGAUCACCUCAGGCAAGAAUGCCUACUCGCUUAUUACAACUUCCAUCAAUUUCCCGGGCCAUCAGCCGGGAUGAGAAUAAGCCGACUAACGCGUAAGGCUUAUAUCUUGGGGCUCAAUCAAAUAGAAAAUCCAGACUUGUGUUCAGCCUUUAAUCACGGGUCAGUAACAGAAGAUGAAAUCGAAGACUGGAGAUACGUAUGGUGGUGUGUUUACCGUCUCGAUUCGUAUUCAAAUAUUGCUUUGGGUACCCCUUUUAUGGUCGACGUGGAAAGUAUCAACAGCGCUCUCGUCAGGAGGUCAUUAUUUGAUGAGGUGGUUUCGAACUCGCCGAAACUGUUCUUAACUGACGAUACGGACCAACUCUGGAGAACUUUACAAGAUGUCGUGUUAAAUUAUUGUGGGCGGGAGUUGAACAUUCACAUUCUUACCACCGCAAUGUUGCGCCAUGCUGGAAGUGUCUUAACACUUAGGGCCACGAGAAAAUGUGUUGACUCGAAAACGGCUGUUCUAGGGGAUGCUCUUACCUCAGUUCUCCUCGCGCUCCCCCCUGGAUAUCUUAAUCCGAAGCGCAACGCACUAGCGGCAGAAUCCGAUAUCCACCAUUGCAUCCGGGUUACUAACAUAUUGCAUCUGCACAUGACGCGUCUUGUCGCCUCCUUACCCUCGAACCUCUACGCCAACGAGGCCCGAUGGUUAAACUGCUGGCAACGGAGCCUUGAGAUUUGCCAGGAAAUCGUCUCAGUUGUCGACGAAUGGAAUAACCAGUUCUGGUGUCGUGUCGAUCCCGCAUUAUGUCUCAUUAUAUUCAAGGCUCUCUGGAUCACGAACCUGCACCGCAGAUGCAUUACCGAUCUCGGGUCGCCAUUGAUAUCCCGUCUCGCUCAUUCCGAGAAUACUCUCAUACUAUUCUUGGAAAAUUUCUCCAGGAUAUGGAUGCUACCUAAAAUCUUGCUUCAGCUAUUCAAAAACUCAUCGAGCGAUAAUCUAUUAACGUAUGCCGAUGUAGACCGAUUGAUGAAUCGGUUCAAAAUGCCCCUUCAUCCCAAAACACGACUGCGGACGUACUCAAUAGAACCUAAAGAAGCAGAUAUAUCUGGAGGAGGUAAUUCGAUUGCUGCCUUUACGAAUCUGUAACCUUGCGUUUGACAUAUAAUAUCAUAUAGAUACCUGUUACGUUACUCCAACCGCUACGAACAUCAGCUCUUACGAUCUUAACAUAGAAUGAGAUGGUUGUAAUAAUAUAUUCAAGCGACAAUAUUAUCG